AUGCUGGACGAUCGCCCAGCCGGUCAUGCCCCACCGUCGCGACGCGCACCGGCCCGUGCAGGUCGACGAAUCACCGGGGACAUGGAAGGCCACGAUCUGCCGAUUGCCGCAUGGCGGAUCGUCCGUACCGACACAUCACGCCUUCCAGCAGUAGGCUGCUAUACCGCACCCGUUCUCGCGCCGGAUCACGAUCUUGCGGGCGGGCAAGGCGAUGACAUCGGCGACGCUGUCCUCCAGCACCGCCAUGUCGUCAGGCGUCAUCGCGUCACGUCCACGCCCCUUGAGGAACAGAUGCGUGUGCCUGAGCGGAUUGAAACGAACCCUUUACCCUCCGGCGUUACGACAUGGGUAAUCGUUUCUGGCGGCAAGGGUUCCGGAUCAGGAGUUAACCGACUUGCCCGUCGCGCGAACGGGGUCGGCGCUCGCCAGCGACUCUUCGAUGUUUGCGAUUGCUGCGCACCGAUGCCCAGAAGGACAGGCCGAUCAGCGUGGGUACCGAUCAGCCCGCGCGAUGAUGAAGAAGAUUGUUCGACAGCGCAAAGGCGCCAAUCACCCCGUCGAACGAGAAGCUGGCAUCGAGCACUUCGAGAUACAGGAAGGCCGCGAAACCCGACCGGGCCGCCGCACCCGUCGCCGCGUCGCCAUCCCCUCGAGCAGGACGCCGACCGCAUGGACCGCGAUAUAGGUCAACAGCCCGAAAAUGCCGGCGGUCAGGAAGGUCAUCGCCUCCUCGACCGGAAUGAACUGAAAAUGCGCCGCCAGCGGACGCUCGAUCACCCCCAGCCAAUGCUCGUCCUUCUCCCUCGCCGAGGAAGAGUUGAGGCCGACCAUCGCCCCGUGGAAACUGCCACCAAAGCCCGAAAUGCCGACAUGGGCGGAGGUGAUGAUCUGUUCAUAGCGGACAGGGUCACCGGCGGCGAUUUGACGCCUCGAUCGGGCCCCAUAUGCGCGGCGAUCGCGACGAUCGCGAGCGAGGAAAGACGAUCCGCAUCCCGAACACCGCGAUCAGGGAUGCCCCGUGUCAGAAAGCGACGACGCCAUUUGUCGUCCAUGUCCCCGCAGCACGGUGGCGUUGACCACCGCAUUGUCGAAGGACAGCGACACUUCCAGAACGCCCAGCACCGCAACGAUCCACAGCACGCUCAGCGUGCCGGGCAAAAUACCCGUGCUCCUGGAAAACCCAACCACGCCGCGAUCGCCGCAGAUGCCGGUAAAAGGAACGAUCCCUAUAAUAAUAUUUCAGCAGCACCCGAUUCCCUGGCCGUCAAUCAGGCAAGCGAGCGGGGAAGGGCUUCCGGUCAUCAGGUGCGGCGGCAUCUCAGAUGCCGACGUCGUUCCCGGAUAGCUGAUUGCCGAUCCGCUCGGCCGCGGCGCCGAGCUGGUUCAGCGCCUCCUGCUCGUCCACCACCGCAUGGGUCAGGCGGAUGA